AUGUUUUCCUCGAUUUAUGGCUAUUUCAACUCUGAAGGUGAUAGUAAUCAACAACAAAAUAAUAAUAAUAAUAGUAAUAAUAAUUUAAAAGAAAGUGUAUUUCAUUCAGGUAUAUCAAAUGGUAUAAUUGAAACAGUUGGUAAUACACCAUUGAUUAGAAUUAAAAGUUUAUCAGAAGCAACAGGUUGUGAAAUUUAUGGUAAAGCAGAAUUUAUGAAUCCAGGUGGUAGUCCAAAGGAUAGAGUUGCAAGAGAGAUUAUAUUGGAUGGUGAAAAGAAAGGAUUAUUAAAGAAAGGAUCAACCAUUGUAGAAGCAACUGCCGGUAGUACAGGUAUUUCUUUGACAAUGUUAGGUAAAUCGAGGGGAUACAAUGUACAAUUGUUUAUACCUGAUAAUGUAUCAAAAGAGAAAGUUGACCUGUUGGAGAUGUUGGGUGCUGAAACUAAAAUAGUGCCAAUUGUCGGUAUGAACAAUGCCAACCAUUUCAUGCAUUGCGCAUAUCAAAGAUGUUUAGGUGACGAUAUGGCAUUCUACGCCAACCAAUUCGAUAAUCUCUCAAAUUUCAACGCACAUUAUAAUGGUACAGCCAAAGAGAUUUGGGAGCAAACUAAGGGUGAUGUGGAUGGGUUUGUCGCAGCAGCUGGUACUGGUGGCACAGUGGCUGGUAUAAGUAGUUAUUUAAAAGAGGUGAAUCCAAAUAUUCAAAAUUGGUUAAUUGAUCCACCAGGUUCAGGUUUGUAUAGUUUGGUAAAUACUGGUGUUAUAUUUCAUCCAAAAGAUAGAUUAGUUGUUGAAAAACUUGGACCACGUUCAUUUUAUGAAGGUGUUGGUGUAAAUAAAAAAACUGAAAAUUUUAAUAAAGCCUCUUUAAAUGGUGCUUUCCGUGGUACAGAAGAGGAAGGUGUUGAUAUGGCUCAUUAUUUAUUAAAGCAUGAUGGUUUAUUUUUAGGUGGUUCUUCAGCUUUAAAUUGUGUUGGCGCAGUUAAAUUGGCUCGUAAAUUAGGUCCUGGUAAAACAAUUGUAACAGUCUUAUGUGAUUCUGGUCAUCGUUACACAAGUAGAUUAUAUAGUAAAUCUUGGUUAAAUGAUCAUAAUUUUCAAGUUUCAGAUUUAUCAAAUUUAAAUUUUGUAAAAUAA